AUGGCAACCUCCUCAGGAAAACGCAUCGUCUUCACUGGCGGCUCGGGAAAAGCCGGUCGCCAUGUUAUCCCCGAGCUCCUCAAGAGAGGCUAUCAAGUCCUCAACCUGGACCUAAUCGACUUCCCGGACCCCAGCGCUAACGUCUUCACCCUCAAAACCGACCUCACAGACAGUGGUCAAGUCUUCAAUGCCCUAACCACGCACUUCAACUUCAGCGGCUAUGAAGACGCCCAAGUCCCUAGCCCGCCCGACGCAGUCAUCCACUUCGCCGCCUACGCGCGCAACAUGCUCGUCCCAGACAACGAGUGCUACGCUGGCAACGUGCGCUCCACCUACAACGUCAUCGAAGCCGCCUGCAAACUCGGCGUCAAGAAAAUCAUCAUCGCCAGCAGCGAAACCACAUACGAAGUCUGCUUUGGUCAAGGUAACCUCGACUACACGGCCUUCCCCCUCGUCGAAGACAUGGACGUAAACCCCAUGGACACAUAUGCCAUCUCCAAGCUCUGCGGCGAACGCGUCGCCCGCGGUUUCGCCCGCCGCUUCGACGCCGACAUCUACGCCCUGCGCAUUGGCAAUGUCAUCGAACCCCACGAGUACGAGCGCGACUUCCCGCGCUACAUCCAGCAUCCGGAGACGCGUAAGAGAAAUGCGUGGGCCUACAUUGAUGCGCGCGAUUUGGGUCAGAUCUGCGAUUUAUGUGUGCAGAGAGAUGGGUUGGGAUUCCAGGUGUUUAAUGCGACGAAUGACACGAUAACCGCGACGUUCCCGACCAAGCAGUUUUUAGAACAAUAUGCGCCGAAUACGCCUGUUACGCGCGAGAUGGACGAGUGGGAGGCGCCGUUGAGUAAUCGGAAGAUUAAGGAGGUUUUGGGGUUCAAGGAGGAGCAUAAUUGGAGGAAGUAUUAUAAUCCUGAUCAGUAG